AUGACAACUGGGCUAGCCAAUCAGGACACUGCAUUUUUCAAGGGCACUAUACAUUGAGCCUCCUCUCCCCAGCAGCCACACUCAACAUUCAGAGGCCUCCAGGGCCCCCUCUUCCUGGAGAAACCAAUUCAGGUGCCCCCCACUUUCCUCCAGGAUAACCAAAGGGAGUCCUCUUCUUGGAACGCUCAGGGCCAAGACCCAAGGCUCCGGUCACUCUGCUUAGAGCCCCCCCCACCCACAGGCCUGCACCAUGAUGCCAGAGAGACCCAGGAGUCCCUGAGAGUUCCCAGCAGCAGUCCAGGAGUCCCGUGCAGCAGCAAGAGCACCUUGACCAGCCUGCUGCCCUCCGGGCUGGACAAAUGCAGUGACAUCAGCCAGCUGAGCAGCGGGUACGAGGGGGAUGAGGAGAACAGCAAGGUCAGCCUGGUGAGCACAGGCCAAACAGUGCGUCUGAGCAGGAAGCACAAGACCCACACCAGCAGCCCCCAGACCCGCCAGCUGUGUGCCACCCACUCACCCAGCCAGUCGGACAGCGGCACCCACAGCACCCAGCAGCCUGGAGGGGAAAAGCGAGACCAGCUUGCCCAGCAGCCGUGA